ACUGCAACCGCAGCAAUAAUUAACCCCCUAACUCUGUUGAUUUAUUUAAAAUGGCGGCAGAGUGCCCAGUGAAAAAGGAGCAGAGAGAUGGUUCUUGUCCUAUGUCGAAGGAGAGGAAAGUGGAAGGAAAAGAUGGUGAAGAAUUAGAUCCUAGAAAUAUGAUUCCACGUCUGAGUCAAGACCCAUUGCCAGGACAGCCAUUCCCUCUGUCCAAGGAAAGGGAAGUGUCCAGCAUUCCAAAGUCUGGUGGAGACAAAGACGAUAAAUGGGUCUACCCCUCGGAGCAAAUGUUUUUCAAUGCCAUGACACGAAAGGGCUGGAAAUGGACAGAGGCAGAACUGAAACAAGAAGACAUGAAGCACAUCAUAUCCAUUCACAACCGAAAUAACGAGGAAGCUUGGAGAGAAGUUUUGAAAUGGGAGCAAUUCCACGCCCACGAAUGUACCUCACCUAAACUGGUCAGUUUUAGAGGCAGAGCAAAGGAUUUCACACCUCGUGCUAGACUCAGAUAUUGGAUGGGGUAUGAGUUACCUUUUGAUCGUCACGAUUGGAUAGUGGAUAGAUGUGGUCGUCAUGUGCGUUACGUUAUUGAUUAUUAUGGAUGUGAACCGACUCCUAAUAAUGACGCUCCUAUAUAUUUGGAUGUCAGACCAGCCCUGGAUUCCUUUUCUGCCGUUUGGGACAGGAUGAAGGCAACAUGGUGGAGAUGGACAGCCUCAGAAAAAGAAUAAUAAUAUGAUACCCCUUGACUGUUAUAUUCAUCAUUGUGAAAUUAAUGCAAAAAAAGAGAAAAAAAAUCAA